AAUUUGUUUGGUGGAUGCAAUUUUGUCUUCGUCUUGAAGGGAACGUGUUGUUUGCGGAUAUUUACGUGUGGUGGUUGAGAUUUGUGACAGAGGACAAUUAACAAAGCGUUUUAAAAUCCGAUAUUAUUUUACCGUUUUGUAAUGAACGAUUGAUUGUGUUUAAGGCCCGUGGGCGUGUAUCCCCAUGAAGCUAAAGCGUACUCCACAGCUCCAUUUGUAGUCGGCUACACUUCUUCAGUGCUGAAUGCUGCAAACACAAACCCAGCACCAGCUUGUUUGGCAUGAAUGCAAAUAGCGGGUUUCAGCUGAGCGGAGAUUAGGCGACGUUUUGAAAACAGCUUUGACAGGGCAUAAGGGAAAUGAAACAGCGCCUGGACAUAAGCCUGUCGGCGUCGUUCUUUAAAGACGAGCUGGCCUCCACUAUCGAGCACGCCGUGAAGGGCGCCGUGGAGAUCGUGGUCUUGGAGAUCACCAAAUUGGUCGGUGGAAAGUUCGCCGACUUUCGCAUCCAGCUGGCAGAAAAGGAGCAGGAGAACGAAAACCUGAGACUGCGACUGGAGAUCUCCGAGAACGAACUGAAGGCUGCACGGCAGCACAAGGAGAGGUCGGCACCUGGGAACCACAAUUCGAGGUGUAGCAACAGCAGAGAUGGGGCCCUUCCUUUACAGCCUUUUUCAGAGCAAAACCCCAAACUGAGUCCUGCCGAAACAACAGUGUCUGUUUUCAGUGACGAGGUAGACGCGGACUCAGCCGGAGUGGACGAGACCAUCUGCCUGGAUUCACCGGUGUCCAGUCCUUCAGGUUUUGGUAGAUCCACGGAAAAAGAAAUCCAGGAGGGGAAAGUGAGUGACUUUGAGGAUCUUACGGAUUCCAACCAGGAGCUGGACAUUAGAGUGCAGGACUCUGAGCAGAUAGUAGCAGCAUGCAUCGAUGAAUGGGGCAGAGCCAUUAAAGGUACUGGAGGAGGAGGCAGAUCCCCCACACAACAGACACUUAAUUUGUCAUCAUUGUGCAUUCCAGGAGAUGUUUCUGAUCAUCACUGUCAGCGGAAUUUAAAUCAAAUUACUGAGCUAAGCACUUAUGACGAUGAACUGAAUUCCAAUCAAAGUAAAGAAACUGAAUGUAAUCGCAUUAAAAAAGAAUUUUUGAAUCCAGAAUCCAUUCCCUCUGACACAAAGCCACAGAAACUAGAGUCAAUGUGCAUUAAAGAGGAGGCAAGUGACCUUGAAACUGUCCACAUUAAAAAAGAACUCUUGGAUCUAGAGCCGCCUUUCACAGGAAUGAGCUCAGCAAUCCAAAAUGGAAAUUCAACUAUUACGUGCCUGCGGUCACCUAGCAUGGAAAGUACAUAUCAUCACAUUAGAGAGAGAACCGAGGAAGAUCCAUCAAGUGCAUUAAUGAUAGACAACAUGAUUCCAUCAACCAGCAGUGGAACAUUGACCUGUGAAGAGAAGGACAUCCAGAAUACCACAUCUUUUUACAAUGCCUCUUCCAGAAUUGAACGACGUAGGAAGGUGUGUCUGAAGAAUGGUCAGGAGCAUUUUGUGAGGAAAUUGAAAACUCGGUCAGCAGAUAUCAACAGCCCAUUCCAAUCCGCCAUGAAAGUGCCGCUUUCCUUUAUGACCUCAUCAAAUGCACAUGUACCAUACGUUAACAGUUCGGAAGUACCUGCAAGUCUGAAUGACUUACAGCUAAAUGCAGAUAUUGGAAGAGAUUUUCAUCUUCUUUCCACAGGGAAACCCAACCAACGAAUGCAUUCAGAUGAAAAACUUUACUGUUGUCUAGAAUGUGGAAAAACUUUUUCCCACUCUGGAACUUUUAAACAACACCAGCGUAUUCAUACUGGCGAAAAACCAUUUCGGUGCUCUGAUUGUGGGAAAUACUUCCGUCACUCAGGGACUUGCAAACGACACCAGCGAAUUCACACAGGAGAAACUCCUUACAGCUGCACCACCUGUGGGAAAAUGUUCCGUGAUUCUGGAACGUAUAAAAGACACCUGCGGAUCCAUACAGGAGAAAUGCCUUAUUUCUGCAUGGAGUGUGGAACAGGAUUUAGGAGCCCUGGAGCUUUGGCUGUACAUCAGAGGACUCACAGUGGGGAAAAUGUUAUGUUUCAGACUGUGGCAAACUCUUACUAAAAUAAAACCACUGCAGCUUUAAGCGCUACCACAAAUACAGGGCAGUAGUUAAGAAACUGAAAGCCUGUAGUUUGUAAAAAGAACUUGUGUUGAUUUGGUUUUGAUAUUUGUUUUGUGUUUUCAAUGUAGGUGUGUUAUUAUGUUUUUUCACAUGUACACUGAUGUGAAUAGGAGUUUUAAAUUAAUUUUAAUAAUUUUAAUGUGGUCUGACACUUUGGCUGUGAUCAUUUAUUUCAUAUAAUUUAACCGGCUUUAUUGCAUAUUCAGUGUAAAGGCUAUGUACUUAGAUGGCUUGAACAAAGAAGUUAUUUACAGUAUGUUUACUAGAUAACUUGGUGAAUGCCUCUUUGAGUGCUAAACCUUGUUGUAACCUGGAGGCACUGGUUUAUUACAGGUGGAGCUCCAUUCACUAGAUGUUUCCUAAAUAAACGUGUAAACGUAUAUAAUUAUGUGCAGACUUACAAAUUAUUUGAAACAAGUCUAUUAUAAUUUCAGAGGGCGUUCUUAAUUUAUUGAGUUGAAUUAAUUAGUAUAUGACAUGGUCUUCAGAAGUAGGUCUUAAAAUGCUUUUUUGAGUUUGGUUACGUUCAUAAACACAUUUCUCUUUUGAUCAUUUCCCAUUACUUUAUAACACAACUGUUUGAGUAACAGAAAAGAGCUGUGCAAAAAAAAAAAAAUAAUAAUGUUCUGUCUCUAAUGCCAUUUACAUUUUGCUACUGUCUUUUAUUCCAGUACAAGAUUCAAACCUCAAACCUGAGCCUAUUUCGGCAGUGCUGCGUACAAGGCUGGAGCCAACAGUGGAUUGGACCGCCACUUCUUUGCAUGUAAUACAUUAGUGGUUAUUCAUAGCAAGUUAAUUUACAGUUUAUAGUUUAGCAAUCAUGGUCAUACUUGGGACCUGGCAGCAGCUAGGAGUAUCGGUAGAAGACAUAUGCAGACACUAAGAGAAUAUACUGUACAAACUCCACUUAAACAUGGCUGAGCUACUUCUCAGAUCUAAAAGACAGCAAUGCUCACUACAGUACCACUGUGCUGCCCACCCAAAAACUAGCAUUCUCAAAUAGGUACAUUUUCCCUAAAAUAUGAGGUGCUAAUUUUGAAAUUUGUGGAUGUUUGCGUUCCCAUAGAUUUUAGCUAUGUUUUCAGAAGUAACACUAUGACAAUGGAAAAGGAGCCGCAUCUUCGGUACACCGUGCAAAAUGGGUUGCUAGAACAUAUUUUUUAAUGCUGUAAAGAGAUUUGAACAUAUUGCAUUGUGUGAAUUCAUAGAUAUUGGUAAGUGGUUAAAUGACAUCAAAUUGGUCACCAUUUAAGGCCCAUUCACUCAUAAAGUGUUAUUGUAGCAUUUUAGUUCGAGACUCGUACCUUCCGAAACAGCUUGUAAAGUCAGUCAUUUUCCAACCUACUUUGUCUUGGAACAGGGUUGUGUUGGGGGUGCUGGAACCUAUCCCAACCAGCAUAGGGCACAAGGCAGGAACAAACCCUGGAAAAUGCACCAGUCCAUCACCGGGCGAACACACAGAGACCCCAACCACAAACGAGGGCCAAUUUAGUAUCAAUAAUUCUUUUAAUAAUUCUUUGCAUUUAUAUAGCGCUUUACUCACUACUCAAAACGCUCAGCAGUUGCAUGUUAAGGGCGUCGCUCAAGGGUUAAACAGAGCAGAGUCCCUUUUGGCAUUUGCGGGAUUCGAACCGGUAACCUUCCGAUGUGCAGAUCCCUAGCCUCAGAGCCACCACUCUGCCUACC